CGUCUUACCCCACGCCGACCUGUAAGCUGCAUUUUACUUGGAAAGUUCCCCUGCUUCUCCCAAAACAUCCUUAUAUAACGAGGAACGCUGGGUAGCAUUUCCAUAGCAAUCAUUCAUUUCAUUUCAUCACUGAAAACGCUUAUUACUAUUUGCAGGCUUUGUUUCCUGUUUCUUUUUUCCUUAAUUUACAGAGAAUGAGUUAUUACAAUCAGCAACAAGCCCCUGUUGGAGCUCCUCCUGCACAAGGGUAUCCUCCAGCUGGGUAUCCACAGGCUUAUCCUCCACCAGCGCAGGGCUAUCCUCCAGCUGGGUAUCCUCAGCAGGGUUAUCCUCCCCAAGGAGGACCCCCUCAAACACAGUCCAGAGAAGAUGGCUUUUGGAAGGGAUGUUGCGCUGCCCUGUGCUGUUGUUGUGUGUUGGAAGAAUGCUGUUUUUGAGCUCGAACAGAAGUUUGCAAGGCUCGUGGGUCUGCUAAGAGGGGACGAUUGGAUUAGGAUCUACCAUUAGCUGGCUCAAAAUUCAUUCUUAGUAAAACUAUGCUUGGGGUCUAUAUUGUAGCCAUAUUCUUUUUAUUGUAUUGAAUUUGCUUCGGUUGGAGGAUUGUUGGGCUUUGACUAUCUAGCGGAGUAUAUGUGUAAUAUAUAUUUUAAAUGAAUAAAAAAUAUUAAAUUGAAGACA